CACCACAUCCCUCCUCCUCUCCAACCCUCUCUCCUCGGUCCUCACCGUUCAAUCGCUCAAGGAUCAUCAAGGAUGUGCUCCUGCGCGCGAUUCCCGCACCCGGCCUUGCAACCCGCGCCCGCGCCCGCGCCGCCGCCUCCAAACCUCAAGCCCAAGCCCGCCCCCACCACGCGCGGCCCAUGCCCAUCCCCCCGCACCCUCGUCGCGCGCGCGGCCCCUCGGCGGGACGACUCGACGGCGCCGCCGCCGCCGCCGCCGUCCACCUUCGACUUCCUCGCGCUGAAGCGGGAGCUCGAGGAGGAGGAGGAGGAGGAGGUGGUGGCUGUUGAGCCGCGGGAUGGAGGGGGCGGAGAUGGGCUUGCCAGUGAGGACGAUGGCGACGGGGAGGCGAAGCGGAGCGGCGGCGGCGGCGAGAGCAGCGGCGGGAGGAAGAGGCGGCAGAUGGCGAGGCGGUCGGGGCUGCUCGCCAAGCAGGUGAUCAGCGUCAGCUCGGCGCGGAGCCUCGGGUUCGUGUCGCAGCUCUGGGUCGACGCCGCGUCGUGGAUUGUUGCAUUGGUUGAAGUGAGGCCAAGUUUGCUUUCGGGAGAAGCUGAGAAAUUCCUUUUUGAGGACAUAUAUCAGGUUGGAGAUGUUGUGCUUGUUGAGGAUGAAACCGUGGUCGAGAAUGAGUUUAAGCUAGUUGGACUGCACAGCUUGGUGGGCUACAGUGUUGUUACAUCUAGGAGGCGUAAUGUUGGUAAGGUGCGUGGCUUCACCUUUGACAUCAACACUGGUGCUAUGGAGUCUCUUGAGCUUGACUCGUUUGGGAUUUCCAUUGUCCCUUCUAGUCUGGUAAGCACAUAUUGCUUGUUUGUUGAAGAUGUGCUUGAUAUAGUUUCUGAUACAAUAGUGGUGCAUGAAGAUGCAAUCUCUCGGGUUCAACGGUUAACACAGGGUAUUUGGGGCACACAAAAUAUCCAAGGACCUGGUGGUCAGAUGGAUGAUAACGGUAGAUAUCGGAGGAGAAAAGCUCGGCGUGUUCAGAGACAAAACGGUCUACGAAAUUCCAGUGGCCGAAAACUCCAUAGGAAGAUGAGGGACCGAGAUGGUGACUGGGAACUACCAAUGGACUAUUGACCAAAUAGUCUUCGAAAUUCCAGUGUUCGAAAACUCCAUAGGAAAAUGAGGGACCGGGAUGAUGGCUGGGAACUACCAAUGGACAACGGACACAUGAUGCUCGCGGGAGCAUCAGGGAGAAACUUUUUUCUCCUGUUUCAGUGAAUGAUUGUCAGGCGCCACUGGAGUAUAUGGCUAGUUUAUGCCUUUAGUUAGUUGUAGAUAUUGGAGGAUCACGCACGGGUUUCUGUGGCUUUGGUGGGUUGUUGAAAAGCGAAUUCAUUUGUAAGACAUCGAUGGAAUAGAAUGCCCUUUUGACUGUACUGACUACAAGUAAUCAUGAAGUGCUCUGCUAGCAUUGCUCUAGUCA